AAAGCUCAAAUAAAGCGCCCGCCGUUUUGUUUAGUUGAUCCAGCUGACACGCCAUUGGCUCGGAGAGCCGUCCAAUCGGAGCCACUGUUUAUCCUGGGGCGCGCUGCACGAGCUUAUUGACAUGUAGGUAUUAGACCAAUGGGCGCGACGGCUCCCCCAGUCACCUCCCCCUCUUCUUCUUGAGUGGCACUAGCAGAUUCAGGAAAGAGCCUCUGACUGCUUGUACGGGGCUCGAUUCAGCAGAAGCUCUUACUACUACGGUGCAUCUCCGAACUUCUGCACUGCACACGCACUGCAAUCAGCAGACUAGGAUGUAACCAUUUCCAUGAUUUUAUUCUGCUUCUGCUCUCCUUUGCGUAUUUUUUUGUAUCAUGUUUUUUUAAAGCCAUUUGUUGUUUUGCAAGGAAUAACUUACCAAAAACAUGAUCGGGACAUACUUUUUUGGCCGUCAAAGCCAAAACUGUGCUGAAUGCAAGACCUAAGCGAAACUCUUAACGGGAUUAUAACAUCUGGGCGGCGUUCGGAUAGGUUCUCGUGGAUUCCCGCUCUGGAUUUCGGAUUUAUCGUUUUUUAUCGGGAUGGAAGGCCGGGAUUUCGCUCCUCCGCCGCACCUUCUGGCAGAGCGAGGCGCGCUGGUUCACAGAGCCGCCUCGAGGAUCACUCCUGCCGGGCACACAACAGUGCAGCAUCCCGGUCACUUUCAGCCUGGAAAAUAUUACCCUUCACAUAUACCGAUGCCUCCACAUUCAGGCAGUGGACUGAUAGGGAACUCGUCUGCCUCAUUCAUGGGGACAUUUCUGGCCAGCAGUCUGGGAUCUCCUCCGUCCCACCCCAGCGGACCCCCAUCAUCCCCUUCUUCUCCACCCUAUCGCUCUGGACCUCACUCUACAGCCCCGUCACAGAUCUGGUUCCCCCACUCACAUGAAGCCCCAGGGUAUCCCCGCUUUUCAGGGAGUCUAGCCCCCACCUUCCUGCCCAUGAGCCCCCUGGAUCACCAUGGCAACAGCAGCGUACUUUAUGGACAGCACCGUUUCUAUGACACUCAGAAAGAUUUCUAUCUACGAAGCCUCCCAUCGCAGCCCCACCUUCUCUCUGCAAAUCACAGCCUCCCACCGCUUUCUAGAACUGCUCCUGCCCACCCGCUGGACUCCUGCAGUCGUGAGAGGGAACCUGGAAGCACAGUUUCCCAGAAGAGCUCCAAAGAGACAGGUGUAGCGGAGCGAAGAGUAGGACCCGGAGGAAAAGAAAAAGAAAAGAGUAAACAAGAAUCUAAGCAGGAUCGUCAUCAUGGUCCUCCCACCCUUCAUCACCACCACCAGCAUCAUCCACAGCAUCAUCCCCAAGGCCUAGAAGAUGACUUUCGGCACAAAGAUGACCCCAAGCACCUUAGCUCCUGCCUGCUUAGCACUAAGACGCAGAAUGGCUCUGAUCCAGGGGCGGCCACCAGGGGCUCUUUACCCAGUUGUGUGGGUCCUGGAGCCUCCAGUCUGGGGACUGGCCGGCAGACAAGUGGAGACAGUCACUGUUGCAAGGAAGGGGUCAGUGGAGAAAUGCGAAUUAGCGAGCCAGCCUCAGACUGCCUUCGUCACAGUGCCAUGCUGGGCCAUGCCCACCCAAUGCCCUACUCCAUGCCCCCACCUCUGGGCCUAGGCUCUGCAGUGGGAGGAUCCUGGCUGCAUCCGAAUCAUCCACACCAUCACCAUCCUCAUCAUCCCCAUGCAGAGCUCUUUUGUCCACCUCCCCCUGCUCCACUGACCAUGCCCACUGCUCAGGAAAAGAGCCUUGGCAGAGACUCUGAGGUUACAGGGCCCACCUUUGUGCCCUCUGUGGGGCCACUGGGAGAUAAAAUCAGUGGACCAUUCCAGCUGGGGAACCAUCACUGUCGAGGUGUGGGAGGUGGUAUGAUUGCAGUUGGUGGCAGUGCAGGGAAAGAAACGAAAACUCCUGAGAGGAGUAGCAGUGGAAGUCGAGCAGCUAACCUACUGCCUCAGAAUAGCUGCCAAAGAAAAUCUUCCCAGCAGCAACAUGCAUAUGGUAAAGCAGACAAGAGUCCAGACUGGCCCCCCGGCCCCCAUUUACGCACAAACGAGGUUCAGCACAGUCAGAAUCAGCAUACCCACUCAGCACGUUCAUGUAGCUUGGACAGCAGUGAGGAAUCUGAUGCCUUUCGUCCCUCUCUGCCACAGGGGACGAAGGGUGGCCACCAAGCUAAGAGUAGCAUUUAUGCCAGCACUCCACCUUUCCGGGACUGUUCUCACUCAGGUCCGUCAAACAGGGCAUCGUCCGAAGGUAAAGGAGCCACGGAGGUUGAGUGUACUCAGAAAAGCAGCCAGAGGGUUGCACGAAUACGUCAUCAGCAGCACAGGGCUAGCACUGGUGGACAGGGUCCAGAGAUGGAGCCUAACAGUACCACACAAGACAAGAGGAAAAUGGACAUGGAGUCAGCAUCACAAGGAUACGGCGGGAAUCGGACCGGAACUCAUCCCUCCUGGGAAGUGCGAGGACCCCAGCCUCGGCCAGAUGAAGAACCACACAAGGCUUACAACUCUUUGGGUGCUGCUUCCCAGACUUCACGUGUGGACCAAGGGCCUCUUCCCCCUCUAACAGCCCCGCAGGAGGCCACACUGGGCCCUCAGGGACCUGAAAGCAAUGCCAUGAGGAAUCUGAUGAAGUACAGUAGCCAGCAACCACUGCUGUUCACUCAGAAGAGCCCAUUUGGUGGUCUGGGCUGCCUCAAGCAGGGAGCAGUAGCUGGGGAGAGAAGUGAGAGGAACGAAAGAAGCGACAAAAGUGGAAAUGGUUCGAGCUGUGCUCUCCAGGAGGGAAAGCAGACCCUGCCCCCCAGGAGAGCCUCGUCAUCUGGGGAGAACGAGCGCUCAGAGCGGGUGGGCAAGGACUCAGGCGAAGCUCAGGGGGAGGGAGAGGUGCGACAGCCCCCUGUAGGGAUAGCAGUGGCCGUUGCCAGGCAGAGAGAGCCCCCGUGCCGCCUGCCAGACGGGCAUCCCACCCACAGCCACCAUAGCAGAGUGAUGCCCAGCAUGAAGGGUAUUGGACACCCAAUGUACCCGCUGGAGCGGGAGAUGGAUGAAGAGAGGAAAAGAGUUUGUGAGGAACAGCUUGGACUGUCUCCAUUUGACAGAGAGAGAGAACUCCUCCUCAGGGAAAACAAAGACAGAGUUGAGUUUGCCAGAAUCCACCCCUCCAGUAGUUGCCAUGGAGAUUUGACCUCACACCUUAUUGUGCCAGGCGGUAGCCAAUUAGGCACUGAGCCAUCUGCUCACGCCCACCCCACCCAUCAUCACUGGAUGCCUCGGACAGGAAGUCCCUCCCUUUGGAUGGGACACUCUUAUGGUCUCAGUCAUGCAGCAUUGCACCAGAACUUGACCCCAGGCUUCUCUACAACCAUGCCAAGCCCCUUGCAGCCAGUCUUGCCCCUGCCUCAGGACCCCUCCGCCGCCCUGGUGGUAUUGCCUACAGAGCCAGUGGCCCACCCUGCCACCCAUCACCUUGAUGUAAUGGAGCAGCAGGGACUGUGGCCCCCUGUUUACGGAGCCCGAGGGCCCACCUCACACAUGCAGCAUCCCGCAGUCUAUUCCCGCUCCCAGUUUCUACGGCAACAGGAACUCUACGCGCUGCAGCAACAUCAGCACCAGCAGCACCGUGCAGCACAGGCUAUGGAGUUGGCGCACAGACACAGUCACUCACAGAGGAAACCUGAAGAUCCCCCGAUCGAUCUGGUUGAGGGACCAUCUGAACCCCACGCACCCAAACACACCAAGCCUUUUUCCGUUGGACCUUCCCCUAAACCUCCACCCUCCUCCUCAUCCCCUGGGGGCUGUGCUUCUCGUCUUUCACCCUGCUGUCGCUCACCAGCCCCACGGUCCCACCUCAAGAGUACGCCCUGCACACCCUGCCCUGAACCCAGCCCGGCCGUGGCUGCCCCUCGCUCCCCAGCGCUCAGCCCCCAUUCCACCCCCCACCACCUGCCAAAACCUGCUGAGUCCCAGGACAAGAGGGGUGAGGGCCAGCCACCACAGGACUACCCUCAAUCACUGGAGCCUGAUCUCCCUCCUGGCUACACUUACCCUGCCAUUGCCAUGGGUUACAAGGGUGGACCCUCCCCUCAAGAAGUCCAAUUGGCUGAGCAUGCAGACUUGGAGGCGGAGCAAGCAGAACCUGCUGAACCUGCACCCCGGCCACACCCACUUUCACCCAAAGGGGAGGAGCCUGUGUGCCACACUGGAGUCGGCUCUCCCAUUAGAAUAUCCAAGGAAAUAGAGGAUGUAGAGGAGGAGGGUGGAGUGAUAGAAGAAGAUGGACAGGUGGAUGAAGGGCAGGUGGAUGCCACUCUUUCCCAAACUUCUCUUUGCCCCACCUCUGACACCUCUGUCGCAGAGCCGUUUUCAGACAAAGCAACCGCGAUACCCAACAGCCAAACAUGUGGAAUAGUUAGCCCAGCACCAGCUGAAGAAAACAAUGAGCGGGAUAUGGACCUACAAGUUCCCAUGAUAGCUCCCUUGACCACCACACAGAAUUUACAGUCUGUGGAGCCUACCAAACAUGACCUAGACAGGACUGUUGAGGAUGGGUGCACACCUCCCACUAACUCAUCCACUCCACCUUUGUCCCCCUGCCCUGUGCCCUCUGAUCUGGGGAAUCAGUACCCUGGGAGCUGCAUAUGGAGUUUGGAGCUGCUCAUCGCAGCAGCACUAUGUGCUACACGAGAUGCACGCAUGGCAAUGUCUGUACCAGUGUCGGGGAAUGCAGUGGCACCUAAUUAUGGCAUAGAAUUACUGAGUGAACUGGCAGAGUUGGAACAAUCCCAACAGCAGAGGAACAACACAGGAGAGAACGAUGACGACAUGUUGACCUUUGAUCUCCAAAGUUUGGCAACCUUAGCUGCCGCCCGGGCCUUGGAGCUGGCUCCGCCUAUACCAGCAGACUCAACCCCACCUCUUCGCAGAAUACUCAAUCUGCGCAAGAAAUGCAAGUGGACGCCUCGCUCUGAACCGGUGUGUCCUGUUAAGGCUACCAUGGAAACGCUGGACCAGGAGGAGCUAGCGAUGCGUGUGCGGCUGGCAGAACUGCAGCGGCGCUACAAGGAAAAACAGAGGGAGCUGGCCAAGCUACAGAGAAAACAUGACCACCAGAAAGAAGAGACCGCACGCAGUCCAGCUCGUCGAGGACCUGGAAGGCCACGCAAGCGCAAGUCCACAUCGGCACCCCCUAUACCCACCGAUGCCCCUAAAAAAGUCAAGUCGGCUGGAGCGGGGGCGGGGCCAGGCUUGAUGACAGCUGAGGACUUGGCUGGAGGCGGAGACAGGAAGAGGAAAAAGAAGAGGAUGACCGGUGGUCCGUACCACCAUCUCACAAGCACUCAGAUGAAGGCUCACUGUAGGCCCAGAGGAAGGCCGAGACUCCUAAGCACGAAGUUUAAGCAGAAAGCUUGCUCACAGCUGAAGCAGAAAGCCAAAGCCAAGCGUGGAUCCAGAUUGGUGAACUUGCUGUGUCACAGAGAGAGCAAAACACAGAGCACUGUUCCCGAACAUCAGUCUGCAAAAGAAGAACACGCACAUAAUAACAAAACGGGAGAGCAAGGUGACACAGCAGGCAGUGGGACUGCAGUCCAGCAGGAUUCAGAUGGGAAGCGGAGCGUGAUGAAAAGAGGCGCGAGGUCAAAGGCCAUCCUGAGCUCUACACCCUUACCAACCCGAACUCAGCAGCUGCUAUGCAAUACAGCUAUGACCGAUAGCAAGCUUGAAGCUACAGAGAAGGGCAUCAGCGACACAGAGGAGGAAGAUGACGGCAUCUACGACAGCGAGGAAGGGGCAGAGGGCAUCAAGAAUCUAUCAUCUAAAGAGCAGCUGUCUGGAGCCGGCCGUCCUUCACAGUGCUCCAUCGUGAAGCUUGAGGCUAAUCAGAAAGCCAAGAACAAAACUGAAAGACAAGGAUUCGGGUCUAUGAAUGUGUCCGUCACUAAAGAAGAGAUGAAGAGAAGGAAGGCCCCCUGUAGGCCAGCCCAGGUCUGUGCUGACCAUAACCACUCAGAACUAGAUGAGGACAGGAGAUUGACUGGCCCGAAGUGGAGAGAGGGCUCAAGGGAGAACACCUUUGACCACACUAGGGUUCUCAAAACCUCACCUACUCCACGAGAAAGGACCACCAGGAAGAGCGCAGUGCUUCUCGGCAAGAGGAAGAGCUGUUGGUUGCAAGCGCUGUCGUCGCAGUAUGAUGACAUAUCUUGGAGUAGGCGAAUCAGAAACAAACAGCAGGCAAAGGGACGAGCAGUCAGUCGUUUGCUGGAGAGCUUUGCUGCCGAUGAAGGUUUCCAGAUAGACGAUGACAGCAGCUUCUCAGAGGGAGAGGAAGAAGAGGAGGAGGAAGAGGAGGAACCAGAGCUGAUGGGCAGUGCUUUGCCAGCCCUGCCCAACUGCAUUCUCACCAAAGAAAUCCUGAGGGAUGGGCUGAAAGUAUUGAUCUCGAAAGAGGACGAGUUACUGUAUGCUGCUUAUGUACAUACAUUGGACCUGCCUGAUAUCUAUAGUGUUGUUGUUGAGGGUGAACGUGGAAACAGGCCGAGGAUCUACUCUCUGGAGCAGCUGCUUCAGGAAGCGGUUUUAGAUGUGCAGCCAGAGACGGUGGAAACUCUGAUGGCUGGAACAAGAGUAUGUGCUUACUGGAGUGAACGCUCACGCUGUCUGUAUCCUGGAUAUGUCCGUAGAGGAGGUCCAGGUGAGGAACAGAAGGAGGGAAGUGUCAUGGUGGAGUUUGACGAUGGAGACCGGGGAUGGAUUUCCCUUUCAAGUAUUAGGUGUCUUCCGCCAGGCUACCAAGUCCACUGUGCAGAGCCAUCACCAGCCCACCUGAUCUCACCUAGCUGCCGCAGGAGGAAGACCUCCACCCAAGAGAAGAUAACUCAGCAGGCUGAUGCAUCCAACGAACGUUCCUCUAACACAGAGCCAAGGAAGAGUGCCGUUAAAGCCAAGCCAGGAAGGCCAAAAUCUGUCAAUGCAUCAUCAAAGAGCGGUGCAUCUGAGAAUGUGACCGAAACUGCUUCCCCUCUUCUCAGCUGGCCAGUUGCCACCAUGUCCAGGAGGAAACCCUCCAUGGAUUUGUUCCAGUUUAAUGGGUUAACAAAGAAAGCUCUUAAGGGAAAGGAGUCAGACAUGUUCCCCCUACUUAGCUCCACUAUGACCACUCCAGCCAAAGGCAUCUUCAGCACUUCCUUUGAGGUGGACUCUUUCAGCAGCAUUGCAAAUGGUUGCACUUCCUUUGGAAAUCAACAGUUGGCACCAGGCCUGCCUCCUAGUCACAAGGUUGUCCCUGGGUCACGGUGUAGAAAGAUAGGAGACAGGAAGGAAUUUCUGGUCAAACUGGACCAUGAAGGGGUAACAUCCCCUAAGACUAAAAAUGGAAAAGCAUUGUUGCUUCUUGGGAACCCAGAGCUACAAAGAAGUGGACGAAUGGAAAAGGGCUUUGGAGCCAAAGGUAUUGGAGAGCUGACCUCAACAAUGGGCUAUUCCCAGUCUGUUCUUCUUGUCAAAGAUGCCAAAAGGAACAGUUGCCAUCUUCUCAAAGGUUCCUCUGACAUGCGAAAGCACCCUCAGGGUCUCGGGCUUAGUGAAUAUACAGAUUAUGGGCCAAAUUGCCACAGCGACUGCCUAAGCUCUUAUUCAGACAUGGAUGAAGAUGAAGAUGAGGAGGAAGAUGCCAGAAGGGCGGCAAUGCGCACCACUGGACGUUUUUUGUCUCGUCUUUCUGUUUCAUCGUCAUCCUCAGGAUCCUCCAGUGCAUCUAGCUCAGGCUCAUUGUCCAGUUCCAGCGUCUGCUCGUCUGACAAUGAUUCGUCCUACAGUUCAGAUGAAGAAGAGGCAUCUCGGCUUCUGCUCCAGGGUUGCCUUUCUUCUCAUCACACAUUGCUCCAACAACAGCAGCAUUCAGACCCUCCCACCGCCCCACCACGACACACUUUUGGAGCCAAAACUAUGAGUAUCUCUAAUUCAAAGGCUGCAGUAAAUAGUAGUACAGGAAAACCUCCAAAGAGAAAGGAGAUUGCCAACUCUUCUUCUGUAGUACAGUCCAAAUCUUCCAAAGACUUCCCUAAAAAGCAGAAGAUGCAGUCUUCAGAAGGUCCCCCCAACUCAUCCGCAUUCAUGCCAGGGCGACAGCUGUGGAGGUGGUCUGGGAACCCUACUCAGAGACGGGGUUUGAAAGGAAAAGCCAGAAAGCUCUUCUACAAGGCAAUCGUUCGUGGUAAAGACACAGUUCGAGUUGGUGAUUGUGCAGUUUUCCUCUCGGCUGGUCGACCCCAUCUGCCCUUCAUCGGUCGCAUUGAAAGUCUUUGGGAAUCAUGGUCUAGCAACAUGGUAGUCAAAGUAAAGUGGUUCUACCACCCUGAGGAGACCAAGCUUGGAAAAAGGCACCGGGAUGGGAAGCAUGCCCUGUACCAAAGUUCCCAUGAGGAUGAAAAUGACGUCCAAACCAUCUCCCAUAAGUGCCAGGUGGUCAGCCGAGCUGAAUAUGAGCGUCUGAGUCGAAUUAGGAAACCAAACAGCAAUGGUCAAGAUCUAUACUACCUGGCAGGAACUUAUGACCCCACCAGUGGUCAGCUGGUGACAGCCGAAGGAGAGUCGAUUAUCUGCUAACAUUUGGAAAUGGAUGAUGCACUACUGAAAAUGGUAAAUAAAAGGCCACUUCCGUCUCUACUCUUGAAGUAACAGUACAUUAUCGAAUGGAUUGUGGGGAAGCCAACUCAUGGUGAUCACUUAUGAAGGCUCCACAGACAUGGAAUCAUUUUUUUUUCCAAUCACGGAAAAAGGCACUGGACUUGUUCAGAGUAGGGUAUUUAGACUGACGUUCUGAGAACUGACUUGGGUCAGAGAAGAAAAACACUGACUGCAUUUUUUGCGGGAAGUUCUUUUGGAAAGAUAUUCGCUGGUUAAACACACCAGGACUUUAAGAUAUCCCAGCAGGACCAAAUACACUGUUACUUUCAGCUGUGGUAUGAUCUGUUCAUUUGUGCAUUUGACUGAGGGGAGAUGCGAAUGAGAGGGUCUUUCUUUUUUUUGCUGUAUGCAGAUAUGCGAACAACCAUGAGUGUAUGUAGAGAUCAGCCACAAACAAACAAAGAGGAAUAGCCGUUAACCUGGAGAUUAGAGGCUACAUUGAAUGACGCUCUCUCACAUGUACAGUCUAAUGACCUCUUUUGACAAUACCAGGGAUUUUUUAUUGUUUGUUUUUUUUUUUGGGAGGGGGAGGGGCGCUAAUGAUUAUGUCGGUAUAUUGUUAAGCUGUUUUAAGAGCAAACAUAAAAAACAAACACAGACAAAAAACACAAAGGAACGAUUUUUUCCAGUCAAGCCAUAUACUUCUGUACCUCUUGUUUAUCUUCUCAUUCAGGUGUAUAGUUGUACAAUUGAUUUAUUUGAUGUGUGUAAAUAUAUAAAUAUAUAAAUAUAUAUUAAAAACUGUAAAUAUAAUAUAAAUGAAGAGAGAACUCUAUUCCUCUUUGUUGCUCUUGAUUGUGUUAUUUUUUUAAACUGAAUUAAGUGUUGGAUCGGGAGGUUUGCUUCGGGGACAGGCAUGAUUUUGGAGACUUUGGUUACUGAAUACCCUCAUCACUGCUGUAUAGGAGGGUAUAGCGAGAAGUUCUGUAGAACCGACACAAUGCAGCCCAGUCAGAGGAAACAGGCUGUCUGUGUGUACACUUCAUUAUUAUCUUUCGUCUUUCUGAUUUUAGCGUUGAAAGAAGUGUUUGUUUGUUUGUUUGUUUGCAUUUCAUUGUUUUUGUGUGAACUGGCAAGAGCAAAAAAGCGCUUAAUGCUUCGUAGGUAAAGAGUUCCAUAUAGCAAAUAUGGAGGUGGUUUAAACAUUUAAAUACUAACUAAAGGAAUCUGGCCUCCAAAAUGACGAACCAAAGGAAUGACUCCACUUCCAUCUGCAAUAAAUACAUAUAUAUAUAUAUAUAGACUGAAUCGUGAACAAGGGGCGCUUGCAAUGUUUAGCCUGAUGUACUUUAGAUAGCUUUCAUGUUUGAAAACAAUGCUCAAAUGUUCUCAGAAUGUUUGUCGGCCAAGGAUUAUACGGUAAUGCAAAGCGUGAACAGACGCUUCCAGCACUUGAAGCCUCCUGCUGUCCUGUGUCACGUGAUCAUGAAGGACAAUCAUAACCUGUAAAUGAGGGCAGUUUAAACAAAACUUAAACAGAUCUAAUCUAAAAUGUUGCCUCUUUGUCACUUUUUCUUCCUGCUUUGCCAAAAAAAAUGUGUUCUUUUUGUUUUGUUCUGUUUUCCAUUGUCAACGUUGUACUCUUAUUUGUUCAAUAUGCAAGCCUGUACAGAUUGUUCCGUGUUGGAAUUGUGAAAAAGGACAGAAAUGCCUUUCAAUCCUAAAGGAUGACUUACUUUUUUAAUGACAUUGUUGCUGUUACACUGCAGAAGCUAAAGCUUUAACAAAUCUGAUGUGAAAAUAAAUGUAAUGUCACUUUCUGGGUCUAUAAAAAAAAACAAAACGAAAAAAAAAAAGACAAAGAAAAAUUGUAUUUUUGUAAACAAACACUGGAUUCAACGCUUGAUAUGGUGGCACUGGCACCACCAGUGUGCCAGGAAGUUGGCCAAGCCUCAAAGGAAAUAGAAUCAUUGUGUAACCUGAAUUUGAGACCCACUUGGAACUGAUUUUUACGGUGGAUGUUCUUUUCGACCUCGUGGGGAAUAUAACUCUAAGAUAUUUCCACUGUUAAAACAUGUUAUUUAUCUUAAUUUUAUUGCAUUCGUGUUGCAUUUAAUAAAAAAAAAAAUCUAAAUCACAA